AUGGCCACAGUCACUUCCACCACCGUUGCUAUUCCAUCAUUCUCAGGCCUCAAGGCAAACGCAGCAACUAAAGUUACUGCCAUGGCUAAGAUUCCAGCUUCAACUUCUCAAUCUCCAAGGCUUUGUGUGAGAGCUUCACUCAAAGACUUUGGAGUUGCUCUUGUUGCCACUGCUGCAAGUGCAGUGCUAGCUAGCAAUGCCUUGGCUGUUGAGGUCUUGCUUGGUGCUAGUGAUGGGGGUUUGGCUUUUGUGCCAAGCAGUUUCGAAGUGACCGCUGGAGACACCAUUGUAUUCAAGAACAAUGCUGGUUUUCCUCACAAUGUUGUCUUUGAUGAAGACGAGAUUCCUGCUGGGGUUGAUGCAGCAAAAAUUUCCAUGCCUGAAGAAGAUCUUCUCAACGCGCCUGGUGAGACUUACAGCGUUAAGUUGGAUGCUAAGGGUACCUACAAAUUCUACUGCUCACCUCACCAAGGAGCUGGUAUGGUUGGACAAGUCACUGUUAAUUAA